AAUGGAGAAUAUUAGACUUAUAAAUCAGGGAAUUUGCUACACCCUUAAGUUUAGUUACUCGGACUCCAUUUCUAAAUCAACAACAGUAUUAUAAUUGGAUUUUAAGACAAAAUUCUGCAAGGGUGCUGAAUUAUAUGGAAUAUAAUAAUAAAAAAAUCGAUUGAAUUUAUUUAUUAAAUAUUAAACACAAAAUCUCAGUAUUUAUGCUAAUCCUGGGCUUAAUAAAGUAUAUAUUAAAAAUAAAAAAAAAAAUCAGGUGUCAAGAUGACAUCAUC